UAUGGGGGAGCCGAGGUGGUGGACCAGAUUGAGCUGCUGUGCGAGCAGCGGGCUCUGGAGGCGUUCGACCUGGAUCCUGCGCGCUGGGGCGUCAACGUUCAGCCCUACUCAGGGUCUCCAGCCAACUUCGCAGCCUACACAGCCCUGCUGCAGCCCCACGACCGCCUGAUGGGGCUGGACCUGCCUGAUGGGGGCCACCUCACCCACGGGUACACGUCGGACCUCAAGAGAUCCAUCUUCUUCGAGUCGAUGCCCUACAAACUUGACCCAGCCACAGGGCUGAUUGACUAUGACCAGCUGGAGGUGACAGCACGGCUCUUCCGUCCUCGUCUUGUCAUUGCCGGCACCAGCGCAUACGCCCGCCUCAUCGACUAUGCUCGCAUGAAGAAGGUGUGCGAGGAGGUGAAGGCCUACCUGCUGGCAGACAUGGCGCACAUCAGCGGGCUGGUGGCAGCCAAGGCCAUUCCUUCGCCCUUCGAGCACGCGGACCUGGUCACCAGCACCACGCACAAGACCCUGCGCGGCGCCAGGUCAGGACUGAUCUUCUACCGCAAGGGCGUGCGGUCGGUGGACAAGAAGACGGGCAAGGAGACGCUCUAUGACCUGGAGGACAGGGUCAACUUCGCUGUCUUCCCCUCCCUGCAAGGGGGACCCCACAACCAUGCUAUUGCUGCUGUAGCCGUGGCCCUCAAGCAGGCCAGCUCGCCAGCUUUCCGCCAGUACUGCCAGCAGGUGCUGAAGAACGCCAAAGCCAUGGCGCAGGCCCUGCUCCAGCGUGGGUACACCCUGGUAUCAGGUGGCACCGACAACCACCUGGUGCUGGUGGAGCUGCGGCCCAAGGGCAUUGACGGCGCACGGGCUGAGCGGGUGCUGGAGCUUGUGUCCAUCACUGCCAACAAGAACACGUGCCCCGGGGACAAGAGCGCACUCACGCCGGGGGGGCUGCGCCUGGGUGCCCCCGCACUGACCUCCCGCCACUUCCAUGAGGACGAUUUCCAGAAAGUUGUGGCCUUCAUCGACGAGGGCAUUGCGCUGGCCCUGGAUGUCAAGAGCAAAACCAGCAAGCUCCAGGAGUUCAAGACCUUCUUGCUGCAGGAUGCGGAGACGCAGCAGCGCUUGGCCAGCCUGCGCCAGCGUGUGGAGACCUUUGCUCGUGCCUUCCCCAUGCCUGGCUUCAGCGACCACUGA